AUGGAUUACACCAACUGCACAUACUUGUUCUUCGUUUUGAUCAUAGCAUGUUUUCUUUUUUCAGAUGUUGGUACUGCCACAGACACCAUCACAUCAUCUCAGUUCAUCAAGGACAAUGAAACUAUAACCUCCACUGGUGGCAACUACACCUUGGGGUUCUUCACCCCUCAAAAUUCCACAAAACGUUAUAUGGGGAUUUGGUGGCAACCCAAAUUCACUGUCAUAUGGGUGGCUAACAGAAACCAACCACUGAAUGAUUCUUCUGGAGUUGUUACCAUAUCUAAAGAUGGCGAUCUUGAGGUGUGGAAUAGUCAGAAUCAUGUAAUUUGGUCAACAAAUGUGUACAGUGUUGGAUCCAACACUACUUCUAAACUCUUGGAUUCUGGGAACCUUGUCCUUCAGGAAAGCUCAUCAAGAAGAACUAUAUGGGAGAGUUUCCAGCAUCCUACAAAUACUUUGUUACCCAAUAUGAAGAUUUCAACAAACAAAGUAACUGGUGAGAAAGUAAAACUAACAUCAUGGAAAAGCCCUUCUGAUCCAUCCACCGGUAGCUUUUCUAUAAGUGUUGAACGCCUUAGUAUACCUGAAGUGUUCAUCUGGAAUGAAACUCGUCCAUUAUGGCGAACUGGUCCAUGGAAUAGUAAGAUCUUUACAGGGCUGCCCUAUAUGAAAACGUAUUAUCUGGAAGGGGGACAUGUUGGAGAUGACGGGGAAGGAAAUGUUGAAUUCCAUUACAAGGGAGUAGAAGAGAUUGGCUUCCUAAUCUAUAUUCUGAAUUCAACGGGAAAUUAUGACGAGAGAUUGUGGAAUGGAGAGAGGAAAGAAUGGGUUGUCACAUGGAAUAGCCAUCAAUUUGAGUGUGAAGUUUAUGGUGUAUGUGGACCUUUUGCAGUUUGUAAUUCUGAAAGCUCACCAACAUGCAGCUGUUUGAAAGGGUUUGAACCACGAAACAGAGAGGAAUGGAAUAGACAAAACUGGACUAGUGGAUGUUUCAGGAGAACACCUCUGCACUGUGAAAGAGCCAGCAACCAAAUCAAAAGUGCAGAUCAUACAGAUGAUGGAUUUUUUGAAAUGAAGAUGGUCAAAGUUCCAGAUUUUGCUGAUAGCUCAUCGCUCAGACUUCAACCAGACACGUGCAGAAGCCGAUGUUUGGAAAAUUGUUCAUGCAUUGCAUACUCAUAUGAUGCUGAUAUUGGUUGUAUGUCUUGGACUGAGAAUCUGAUUGACAUAACACAAUUCUCAAACGGAGGACUUGAUCUACAUGUUCGAGUAGCCUACACAGAACUUGGUAUACACUGUACAAUGCUAGCUGUUAUCUGCACAAUAAUCUUUAUUAACUUUCUUCAUCUGAGAACCUUUCUCCAGAUUUGUAGUGGCCACGUAGAGAUCAUCAAAAGAUUCCUUCAAUUUAAUGGAGAUGGAGCACCUGCAGAAUAUAUAAAUGACAAUGCAUUUGGUGAUCUGCCACAGGUCAAACUCCAGGAAACAUUUAGUUUUGAAAACCUUGUAACCGCCACAAACAAAUUUCACCCAUCGAACAAACUAGGAGAGGGUGGUUUUGGUCCGGGGCAAUUGCAAGAUGGCAGGGAAAUUGCAGUUAAAAGACUUUCAAGAGCAUCUGGACAAGGUCAAGAAGAAUUCAUGAAUGAAGUAGUGGUAAUUUCCAAGCUUCAACACCGUAAUCUUGUAAGACUUUUUGGCUGCUGUAUUGAAGGUGACGAAAAGAUGUUGAUCUAUGAAUACUUGCCAAAUAAAAGCUUGGACAAAUAUAUCUUUGAUUGUGCUUCAUCUCAAAAUGUUGCAAUUCAUACAAUUCUACCAUUUGAUUCUUUAGAUCCGUCAAAAGAUAAGGUUCUUUAUUGGAGAAAACGCUUUAGCAUAAUAGAAGGAGUUGCUCGAGGAAUACUUUAUCUUCAUAGAGAUUCCAGGCUAAAAAUCAUCCACAGGGACUUGAAGGCAAGUAAUAUCUUGCUAGAUGUGGAACUAAAUCCAAAAAUAUCUGACUUCGGUAUGGCUAGAAUCUUUGGUGGGAAUGAGGAUGAGGCAAAUACUAAAAGAAUUGUUGGAACAUAUGGCUAUAUGUCUCCUGAGUAUGCAAUGCAAGGAUCGUUCUCUGAAAAAUCAGAUGUUUUUAGUUUUGGGGUUUUGCUACUUGAGAUUGUUAGUGGAAGACGAAAUUCAAGCUUUUAUGAUGAAGAAAACUGUCUUACCCUUUUAGGAUUUGCCUGGAUACAGUGGACAGCAGACAACAUUCCCUCUCUAAUAGAUCCAGGAAUAUAUGAUCCUAGCCUUUAUAAAUAUUUUUAUAGGUGCAUACACAUAGGACUUCUAUGUGUCCAAGAAUUUCCAGCAGAUAGGCCUACUAUGUCUACUGUAAUUUCUAUGUUAAACAGUGAGAUUGCGGAUCGUCCUCCUCCAAUGAAACCUGCAUUCAUCCUGAGAGAAAAUAUGUUAAGCUCACUUCCCUAUGUAAGAGGAAAUGACUUGAACUCCCUCAACACUGUCACUAUUUCGGACAUACAAGGCAGAUAGAAAACCAAGAGCUCUCAGAAAGGUGUAUGGAGGCAAAAUGGGGAUUAUGUUAGUACUAAAAACAGAGUUAAAAAUAGUAAUACUGUAGGUUUAUCUGUUUUUUUGUCUAUAGUUAUGCAUUGCUAGGGCUAUUUAGAGAGAAGUUUUUAGUAUAGAAGUUUGG